CCCAAACUUUUCAGCAUAUAGAUCGAAAAUCCCUUUAAUUUUUGUGCCCUUUGAGAUUUCUGAUUUCCAGACCAAAGAGAAACAGAGACGAAAAAGGAGAGACGAAAAAAUGGGAUGGAUCGGAGAGCAAAUCGAUUCGAUAAAGUCAAUUCAGUUCAGACAACUCGUAACUCAAGCUAUUAGUCUUGGGAUGAUUGUUACAUCAGCACUUAUAAUAUGGAAAGCGCUGAUGUGUGUAACUGGCAGCGAGUCACCUGUGGUGGUUGUGCUUUCCGGAAGUAUGGAACCUGGCUUUAAAAGGGGUGACAUUCUUUUCUUGCAUAUGAGCAAGGAUCCUAUUCGUGCGGGAGAAAUUGUCGUGUUUAAUGUUGACGGACGUGAAAUUCCAAUUGUUCAUCGAGUAAUAAAGGUUCACGAGCGCAAAGACACUGGAGAAGUUAAUGUCCUUACAAAAGGAGACAACAACUUUGGUGAUGACAGACUUCUCUAUGCCCACGGUCAACUCUGGCUGCAACGUCAUCACAUUAUGGGGAGAGCUGUUGGGUUCUUGCCUUAUGUUGGUUGGGUAACUAUAAUCAUGACUGAAAAGCCAAUUAUCAAGUAUAUAUUGAUAGGUGCAUUGGGAUUGUUGGUCAUCACGUCAAAAGAUUAGUGGACAAUGGCUUCGAUUCACUGGCACAAAUGGUAGCUUGAAAUUAGAGAAACUAUGUAUCUGCCAUUUGAAGAAUCAUGACUCAUUUUUGGACAAAUAGAAUCCUCUUUCUAGACA